AUGGACGACGCCUCCUCGGCUUCGAAGGGCAAUGCCGAUGCUGGCUCCAUGCCCACGUCGCAUCAACAACGGUCUAGCGGUAGCGGUCCACUACAACCACCCGCAGUCGCUACUGCUGCGUCUAUCGCGAGACCACAUGGUCACGAGCUCCCCUUCGUCACGCCCUCAUCCUAUCUUCGCCCGAGACCUUCUUCGUCCGCCGCUCGCAAAAUGCCAGAGAAACCAGCCAGCCCGCUCGACAAGGAUCAGAUUCAGGGCCUGAGAUCUAUUCGCGACUUCCUCAAAGUUCGAACCAGCUACGAUGUCCUGCCGCUCUCAUUCCGCCUCAUAGUGCUCGAUAACGACCUUCUGAUCAAGAAGAGUCUUAACAUCCUCAUCCAGAAUGCUAUCGUUUCUGCGCCGCUGUGGGAUUCGCACAAUUCCAAGUUCGCCGGCCUCCUGACAGCGACGGAUUAUAUCAACGUGAUCCAGUAUUAUUGUCAGUUUCCCGACGAGAUGCACAAACUGGAACAGUUCCGACUCAGCAGCUUGCGAGAUAUCGAAAAGGCCAUCGGGGCCUCCCCUCUCGAGACGGUGUCCGUCAACCCUAUGAGACCUCUCUAUGAGGCCUGUCGCCGCAUGCUUAAGACGCGCGCUCGCCGAAUUCCCCUUGUGGACGUAGACGACGAAACCGGUCGCGAGAUGGUUGUCAGUGUCAUAACACAGUACAGAAUCCUUAAAUUCAUCGCUGUCAACAACGAGCACAAUACCGUCCUGUUGAAAAAGUCCCUCAGAGAGAUUGGCUUGGGCACAUACAAGAACCUCGCUACCGCCAAGAUGAACGAUUCGGUCCUCAACGUGGUCGACAUGAUGGUCAAGCAGAACAUAUCUUGCGUCCCUGUUGUGGAUGCGCACAACCGUCUGCUUAACGUCUUCGAAGCAGUCGACAUCAUUCCGUGUAUCAAAGGGGGUGCGUACGAAGAGCUAUCCUCCAGCGUCGGAGAGGCACUGUGCAUGCGACCUGACGAUUCGCCCGGAAUCUACACUUGCAGUCCCGAGGACAGACUGGACUCAAUCUUUGACACAGUUCGCAAGUCAAGAGUGCAUCGUUUGAUAGUAGUGGACGAUGACAACCGACUCGUGGGUGUCAUUUCCCUGUCAGACAUACUCAAGUAUGUACUCUUGCAUGGAGAAGAAGAUGACAUCAACGGACCUUGA